AUGACACUUGCUAGUAUUAUUCACUCUGAUACUCUGAAGACCUUUACUUCUGGACAAACAGUUGAUUUGGAGUGCCUCAUCACCGAGGAACUGAACUACUACCACUGGUUCAAGUUGACCCCUGGACAAGCUCCUGUGUGCAUGGUGUCUUUCUACGUCAACUCUGAAGAGCCUACACUCAUGGGGGAGUUCAAAAACAACUCCAGGUACACGUUCAGGAAGAUAGGAAGCAGGUUGACUAUGGCCAUCUCUAAAGCUGGGAUGUUGGAUGCAGGAACGUAUUACUGUGCUGUUCGAAAUUAUGAUGAAAUCACCUUCGGCAGUGGAGUAUAUCUGAUGCAUGAGGUGUCCAACAGCAGGUCCGUUGUCCAGGAGCCAAUGUCUGAAUCAGUCCAACCAGGAGAUUCUGUAACUCUGAACUGCACAAUACACACUGAGACCUGUGCAGGAGAACACAGUGUCUAUUGGUUCAGACAGGGCUCAGGAGAAUCCCAUCCAGGAAUCCUUUACACCCAUGGAGGCAGGAGUGAUCAGUGUGAGAAGAGCCCUGAGGCUGGGUCUCCUACACAGAGCUGUGUCUACAACCUCCCCAAGAGGAACCUCAGCCUCUCUGAUGCUGGGACUUACUACUGUGCUGUGGCCUCAUGUGGGGAGAUACUGUUUGGAGAGGGAACCAAGCUGAAUGUUAAAUUAGUUGAUGAAGACCAGAUGAGAUUCCUGGUCCUUCUCUCCAUCAUGAGAACCGGAGUUCUACUGUGCUGCCUGAUCAUCUUUGUCACUCUCUAUUUCAAGAAGAAAUAGUUCCGAUUUUUGAAUGUAUUUGGUUUUAAGAUGUGUAUGCCGUAUGAUGUUAGAUAUAUGGUUAGAUGAAUGGUCAAAGGGCUUUACUAAAGUUAAAUGCAUACUUUCUUUCAAAAACAAUGUUAGAAACUGAUGAAAUGUUUCCUCUUUUCAGUAGUUCUCUUCUACUUUUGAUUGUUAGAGAGCAUUCCAACGGAUUAGCAUGAAUCCCAAGCAUAGCAAAAGUAUGUUAGUCUUGUAGGUAGAAAAGUCUUAGCUGCCGUCUAAAAACCCCAUCUGAGGAGACAGCAGAGGGCCAGAACAGUAAUAAUUUCACUGAUCUAACACACAGUGAAGGAUCAAAGAUGAUGUAAUCGACUGAGGACUUCAUGUCCAAAAUGUCUCAAGGCGAUUAAUGA